GUCGUGAAGCCUUCAUACUCAUUCUCUAUCAAAGGCACCUCAAUCGAUUCUGCAGUUGAGCCUGGCCAACGGGCUUUCAUUGAACAUUUUACUGCCAUUUGUACCAUCACCAUCUCUCUCAGGUGAACCGGCAGUAUGUCUAAUACGAAGCCAAUCGCGACGGCAUCGUCCAGCAGUUCAACUGCUUACGACAAUGCUGACGCAAAAGCUCGUCUCUAUGCAUAUGAGAUCCCUCCCAUGCCUCCGGGAGAAUACGAGAUCAUCACUACUCAAGAUGUCAAGGCAGGCGAUGACACUGAGAAGCUGGUAUCGACACAACCCGUCACAGUCAAGGCAUGUCAACCGUAUGCCAUAGCACCAGACCUCGUUCACUCAUUCUAUCCGCCAAACUUGCGCACCGUGAGUGCAACGACGCUUCCUCAUGUCGUUCUCAAAGGAGCUACACCUUGGGAACGGUCGCAAACGUAUGAUCCAGGCACCGCGCCAACGCCAUGGAUUGCUUUGCUUCUCUUUACAGACGAGGAUCUGUGCGUGCCUCCGGAGGUGACCAGCGCUGCGAAGCCCUCGGGUACUAGAUCUUUUACGCUUCCUUUGAGUCUUUUCAACAGCAAUCGCUCAAAGUGGUGUCACAAGGAGAACUAUUCCGACGCUGAUGUUCCGGUCAAAGGUGAUGGAUCACCUGCUACUGCUGAUUUCCUGUUUGUCAAGAGCAGCGCUUUCAAGAUGUAUUUUGAGCGUCAAGACUCAACAGGCAAGACGGGACAACAAGCUGGGCCGGAGUUGGACCGCUAUAAACUCCUCACGUACAUGACAGAUAGCAGUGUCAAGGACGAGAGCGGUCAUGUUACGAACAAACUCAGCACGCUUAUCGGUCAUCGAGCACGUCCUUAUACCCUAGGUGGAGAGCCUGUCAAAGUAUAUGCGCACAUCGUCUCAAUUGAGACCUUAGGCAGUCGCAUCGACUGGAGAGCUGCGAGUGAGGCCUCAGCAACAGUUGCACUUGUUUCUCUGUUUUCCUGGACAUUCACCUGGGAGAAGAACAAUGCGGAUCACUCUCUUGAGAUGUUCAAGAAUCUCGCUGAUGAUAAAAGCAUACGCCCGCUGGCGAUCAAGCUUAAGGCAACAGAUCCCAAUAGUCCAGACGAUCCGUCGGCUGCAUGGGUCCGUCGAAGGGUCACAGAGGGAUACACUAUCGUCCGUCAUCGCGACAUUGCCGGUGAAUCAUCCAUGGCGCUGUACCGAGGACCGCUUAUCCCUAAGUCAUCGCGCAAAGCGCGCAUCAAGUCUAGUGUACACGGAACUGACCUGCAAAUCAUUGACACGUCAGCGAGAAUUCUCGACAUCUCGUACAAUACGGCCUGGGAGCUGGGUCGAACACUGGCAGGUCGCGACGCCAAGUUUUCAACGGCCAUUGCCUACCUCCGUCGAAAGCUGUGCAUGAAAGCCGUAACCAAGUCCAAGUUCGCAGAGAAUGAGGGAGCUGCCACGAAGUCUAAGGAGGCAGAGGAUGAGGCUGCAAAACUCAUGCACAAGGCGGACGACGUUGUUGCCAGCGCGUUGUCGAAACUUGAUGGGCUUUUCAAGGGCUCUGUGGCGGCAAAGAUGAAGGGUCUGCCGAGAGAUGGAGAUCUAAGAUGGCAAGUCCCUUCUCCUCCAGCGACAUCCAUGGCCGCAGCGCCAGGCGUGAUGACCUUCGAGAAACUGCGCAGACAUCUUGAAAGUGCAGCCAAGCCCUGGCUUGAAGAUAAGACUCUGGAACUAUGCCAGGCUAAGCCCGUCGUUUCUUCAAUUCCUCAGUUGGGUCUCGUGUUCAAUUGGCUCAUCGACAAUCUCAUGUCUCUAAAGCUAGUCCCAGCGACGUAUCUAUUCCCAGACCCAGCUGUCCUUGAGAAAGAAAGCGUCAACUGUUUUCUCGUCGAUGAUACUUGGAUCGAUGCUUUGGUCGAUGGUGCGAUGAGUCUGGCCAACACUAUGGGAGGAGGUAGUGAUCCUGUCCGCGAUCUCAUUCGCUGGGCUUUCAAUUUGUAUCUGGGAAAGGCGCCAGCCGAUCGUGUACAAAUCGGUGGCUCGGGCUUCAUCGUCCGCAGUGGUAUCGUGGAGUCUUUUCCCGAUCUCGAGAUGAACAUCACUACCAAGCUACCAGGCUCAAACGACCCCACUCCUCUGAGCUGCGCGUACCGAACACGUAACGAGGACAUGAUCCUCUGCCUUGUCGCAAGAGGCCAGGGACAAAAGUUGGUAGACUACAAGGUCCAGCUUAAGCUACCGCCACAUCAACAACGCUACAGUUUGGGAGAUGUCAAGAAGGAUUCUAUGGAAUUCACCUGCGAGAUGAAGCCAUUCUUGACGAUGACGGACAAGUUCAAAAACGCUUUGCCACAAGCUGAAGUGGAAAAGAAAAUCGAGUGGAGUAGGACGGGCGUCAUCAGUCCUUCUGGUUUCCCCAUCAAGCCCAUCUGGAAUCACGACACCGGUAUCCUCACUCCUCAUCUCGUGGUCAAUAUGAUGGACCACUUCAUUGAUCAGAACAAAGAGCGGGUCUGGGCCAAGCCAAAACCAGACUCGAAAGCGGUGUACAUCGCGACGCAGUUACUGGAGAGUGAUCACUGUGUGACACUCACCUUCAACGUGACGGCUGGCAAAGAGAGCCUGCCUCGAAGUAUCCUCCCUGAGCAGACUGUGCCUGAAGAAGAUACUCGCGACCCGGCAAUUAAUCAUUUGCCUGAGAACAUAGAAGCCAACAAGUCAUGGUUCUCAAAACUGGCCUUUUCUCAAGAUUCCCCAGGCCGCAGCAUACCAGCGCAGUCCAACACGCCUCAACACAUCGUCUUCUCUAUCAAAGCCAGCACUGCGCCCAAUAAUCUCCCAGCUGGAACAGAAGUAUUUGCCAUCGAAGUCACCAUCCCCAUUGGAGAAGAUGCAUCCCAUCUUCUUGACCAUCUGGCGCCGUUACCUACCGUACGCGCCAUUGGGCCACGACAGCAGUGGAUCGCGGCUACGACACAUAGAGCGGCUACGAAAGAGUCGGCUGCUGAAUUGGUGGUUCAUUUGAAGCCUCGUGGGACAACUGGAGGGGGUGCUGUAUUUUCAGAUGGCUUGGAUGCUAGUUUUAUGCUGGUGAGGGCGACUGUUAAUGGUGUUGUAGGAAACGAUGUUGAAAUUAAGACGAAGGAGAUUUAUGGGAGGUGGCAGAAAAGUAAGAAUGCUGAUGGUAAGGAAGUUUCUGUGUUAACUACGACCGAUGUUAUGGAUUCAUGGAUGCUGCGCAAGGAAUAAUCUGGGGUAUUUCGUACAUAUUCAAUAUUUAUUCGGAGGUCAUUACUGAAG